AUAAAUACAGUGAAGAAUCUCAAAUUGAUGUUCACCAUCACCAUGAGGGGAAUCAUACUAGCUCUGCUUCUCGCUCUAGCGGGAAGUGAGAAGUCACAAUAUGAACCAUUUUUCAGUGAGAGCAAGACAUAUGUGUACAAUUACGAAGGCCUUAUUCUUAAUGGAAUCCCACAAAAUGGAUUGGCCCGGUCUGGUAUUAAACUGAACUGCAAGGUUGAGAUCAGUGGCUAUGCCCAGAGGUCCUAUCUGCUAAAGAUUCGCAAUCCAGAAAUAAAGGAAUUCAAUGGCUUGUGGCCCAAAGAUCCAUUCACUAGAGCCACUAAACUGAGCCAGAUUCUUGCAGAGCAGCUGACAAGACCUGCAAAGUUUGAAUAUAAAAAUGGGCAAGUUGGAAAGAUCUUUGCAGCUGAAGAUGUCUCAGAGACAGCACUUAACAUCCAGAAAGGAAUCCUGAACUUGCUUCAAGUUACUCUCAAGGCGUCCCAGGAUGUGUAUGAUUUGCAGGAGGAAUGCAUUAGUGGUGUUUGUCAUACAAAAUAUACAGUCCAACAAGACAAGAAAGCUGAUAGACUGACUGUGAUUAAAUCUAGAGACUUUGACAACUGUCAGUCCAGAGUUGAAAAGAAAAUUGGAGUUGCUUAUAUGGAAACUUGCAGCCAAUGCCAAAAGAGAGCACAAAAUCUUCGUGGUUCUGCUACCUUCACCUACAAAUUGCAGAACAAAGACCAAGGUGCCCUGAUUGUAGAAGCCUCUGCCAAGCAAGUUUAUCGCUACACCCCAUACUAUGAACUAUAUGGUGCUGCUGUUAUGGAAGCAAGGCAGAUACUUACUUUGGCCGAGACUAAAAGCAACAGAAUUAGUGAAUCUCAGAUUCAGCUAACAAAUCGUGGUGGAUUAAAUUAUCAUUUCUGGCAAGAAGAACAUCAAAUGCCAUUCCAGUUACUGAAGACUAAGAAUGCAGAGUCUCAGGUUGUGGAAACUCUGCAACAUCUGGUACAGAACAACCAAGAUUUGGUUCAUGGUGAGUCUACAAGCAAAUUUUUACAGCUUGUCCAGCUUCUGAGAGCCACGAACCAGGAAAAUAUCCAGGCUAUUUGGAAACAAUUUUCCGACCGACCUCAGCACAGGCACUGGCUGCUAAAUGCAAUCCCUAUGUCAGGAUCAGUUGAUGCAUUAAAGUUUAUUAAGCAGAUGAUUCAUAACCAGGACUUGACUCACCAAGAAGCAGCCACAGCGAUACUUAUGGCCAUGCAUUACACAAAAGCCACUCAGCGUGUAAUGGAAAUAGCAGCUGAUUUGGUGACAGAUUCCAAAGUCCAGAAUUUCCCUACUCUAUAUAAAUCUGCAAUGCUGGCCUAUGGUUCUCUGGUUUACAAAUAUUGUGUUGAUUCUCAAUCAUGCCCCGAAGCUGCAUUACAGCCCCUUCAUGAACUUGCUGCUGAAGCUGCCAGCAAGGGUCAUCAGGAAGAGAUCACUUUGGCCUUAAAAGCUAUUGGAAAUGCGGGCCAGCCUGCAAGUAUUAAGCGACUACAGAAAUUUAUGCAAGUAUUUUCCUCUGGUGCCUCCAGACUCCCUGUCAGGGUGCAGACUGAUGCUGUGAUGGCUCUCAGGAACAUAGCCAUAAAAGAUCCCAGAAAAGUGCAAGAAGUUCUUCUUCAGAUCUUCAUGGACCGUGAUGUUCACCCUGAAGUUCGAAUGAUUACAUGUGUAGCACUCUUUGAGACCAAUCCUGGAGUUGCUAUUGUAACUGCUGUGGCUAAUGCAGUAUUGAGAGAGAGCAAAGACAACCUGCAGCUGGCUAGUUUCACAUACUCACAUAUAAAAUCACUAUCAAAAAGUACUAUGCCCGAGUUCCAUAACCUAGCUUCAGCUUGCAGAGUAGCCUUAAAUAUUCUGAAUCCAGUCUUUGACCAGCUGAGCUUCCGCUAUAGCAAAGCCUUCCAUGUUGACACCUACAACUACCCUAUGAUGGGUGGACUGGCUUUAAAUGUAUUUUUUAUAAAUAGCCCAAGGACAGCAAUCCCUAUGUUUGCACUUGUUAAGGUCCGAGGAAGCUUUGCUGGUGCUUCAUCUGAUAUUUUGGAGUUUGCUGUAAGGGCAGAAGGACUCCAAGAGGUCAUAAGGAAACAAAACAUUCAGUUUUCUGAGUAUUCCAUGCGUAAAAAGAUUGUGAAAAUUCUCAAAGCUAUGCUGGCUUAUAAAGAAGCACCUGCUAACGUGCCUUUGGUUUCAGCAAGUAUUAAAAUUUUGGGUCAAGAAGUCACCUUUAAUCAGGCCACCAGAGAUACCAUCCAAAAUGCAGUGAAGUUACUGAAUGAACCAGCUGAUAGGCACACAGUGGUUAAAAAAGUCCUGAACAGGCUUCUCAGUGGAGCUACUGGACAAUGGUCCCACCCUAUGCUGGUUGCAGAAGCUCGAUAUAUUAUUCCAACCUGCGUUGGUUUUCCACUGGAAAUCGCUACACACACUGCUGCUGUGGCAAAUGCUGCUAUAAAUGCUGAUAUGAAAGUGACACCUUCCCCAUCAAAUGAUUUUAGCCUCAGUCAGCUGCUCGAAUCAAACAUACAGCUUCACACAGACAUGUCUCCAAGUGUUUUGAUUCAUACUGUGGACACAAUGGGAGUGAAUACACCUGUGAUUCAGAGUGGACUUGAAUAUCAUGGCAAAUUCAGGCUUCAAGCCCCUGCAAAAUUAACUGCAAAAUUAGACAUGCAUGGAAAGAAUUUCAAAAUUGAGACUCCACCUUGCCAGAGAGAGGUUGAACUUCUAACAGCAAGGCAUCAAAUGUUUGCUGUGACAAGAAAUGUGGGACAACUCGAUUCAGAGAAGAGAAUGCAAGUGGUGCCAAAACAACACGGUCCAUCUACCCUGGAGCAACACUUUGAGAAAUCUGGUAGAACUUCAGCAGAAUCAGCCAGCAUGAUGGAAGUGUCAUCAGAAAUGGGAUUAAGGAAGAAUGCCUACUCAGUGGGAGGAGCAGAAUACCAGCGCAUACCCAAUAAUGUUGAAUCCUUUCAUUAUUGCUUGCGAUUUUCUAAACUGAACAUUAAUGCCUGUCUUCAGUCCAAAUUAAACACCGCACAGGGCGACAGACGAUCCUUCCUAUAUGACUACAUUGGGGAACAUGAGACAAAAAUUUUUAUCAAACCAACUCAAAAUGAUGCAGCCAUUGAAAAACUGCAGCUGGAGAUUACAGCUGGGCCUGGAGCAUCCUCAAAACUAAUGGCUUUGGCAGAAGUGGAAAAGACAGAAGGAGAACAGUUGGAUGAAUCAGCGGUGCAAAAGAGGCUAAAGAUCAUUCUUGGAAUCAAUGAGGAUGAGUAUAGUGCAAGAAAUAAGAGUUUAGUUGGAAAGAAAAGGAAAGUUAAGAAGACUAAAGAUGCAGCAGAAACUGAGGUUGUUGAGGCUAAACAAAACUGGAAGCAAUCCUCAUCUAGUUCCUCGUCAUCCUCAUCGUCAUCCUCCUCAUCAUCCUCCUCUUCCUCAUCCUCUUCCUCAUCCUCAUCUUCAUCAUCAUCCUCAUCAUCAUCAUCAUCACCUCAGAGAAACAGCAGACAUAGGGGUAGUAAAGUUGACUUACUCUCCCGUGUGUCACAGCAGGCAAAGAACAAAGACACACAUGCUCAAACUGGCCGUAAUAAGCAUAGAGACAGCAGCAGCAGUGAGAGCAGCAGCAGUGGGAGCAGCAGCAGUGAAAGCAGCAGCAGCAGUAGCAGCAGCAGCAGUAGUAGCAGCAGCAGUGAAAGCAGCAGCAGCAGCAGUGAAAGCAAUCGUAGACAUGGCAAGAGUGGGAAACAUCAACAGAGCUCUAAACAGCAAACACAUCGGAAUAAACAGAAUCAGCAGAAGCAUCAUGGCAGGCACUAUGAGGACAUGUCACAGAUGCCUCCUGAAUUGUAUAAAUUGCGAUUCCAACGACCAUACAAACAACAAUACAAAGGCAUGUCAAGUCAGUCUUCAGAAAGCAGUAGCUCCAGCUCUUCAAGCAGCAGCAGUGAAUCAGCCAGAUCCCCACAUCAUAACAAGUUCCUUGGUGACAAAAAACCUCCUACUGUUGUCAUCACCGCUCAAGCUGUGAGAAAUGAUAAUGCCAAACAAGGGUACCAGGUCAUUCUCUACACAGACUACACUUCAAGACCCAAGAUGCAAGCCUAUGUGGUAGACAUUACUGGAAAGAGCAGGUGGAGAGCUUGUGCUGCAGCUUAUGUCAGAAAUCCAUAUGAAGCUCAGGCUGAACUGAAAUGGGGUCAGAACUGCAAGCAGUACAAAAUGGAAGUCGUGGCCCAGACUGGAAUCUUUGGAAAUCAGCCUGCACUAAGACUUAAAGUGAACUGGCCCAGAAUUCCAUCCAAACUGAAAUCAUUAGGCCAACAGGUAGCUGAGUUUUUGCCAGGAACAGCUUACAUGAUGGGCUUCAACACCAAAUUCCAAAGAAACCCAUCUAAACAAGCAAAGAUAGUCUUUUCUCUCAGCUCACCGAGGACUAUGAAUGCUGUCAUACAAGUGCCAUGGGCAACAUGCUAUUAUCAGGCCAUAAACAUUCCUUUUGCAGUCACGGCAGCUUAUCAUCUGCACUCAGCUGAUAUUCAAGCCCCUACCUGGAGUAUUUUUGCUGACACAUAUAGUUCACUGGUGGACAGACUCAGUGGAGAAUGUACAAUGUCCAAUGACCAAAUAAAAACCUUCAAUGAAGUCAAAUUUAACUACACUCUGCCUGGAAGUUGCUUCCAUGUUUUGGCUCAGGACUGCAGCCCUGAACUAAAGUUCUUAGUGAUGGCCAAGAAAUCUCCAGGGUCCUCUGAAAUGAGAGACAUUAAUAUCAAACUUGCCGACUAUGACAUCGACAUGUACACAUCAUCAGAAGAAAUCAGAUUAAAGGUUAAUGGUCUUGAAGUGCCAAUGGAGAAGUUACCAUACAUUGCAAGCAAAGACCCAGCUGUGGAGAUAAAAAUGGAAGAAGGUGCUUUUAUUUUAUCAGCACCAGUUUUUGGUGUUGAGCAACUUUAUUACAACGGCAAAUCAACCAAGGUUAGAACAGCAGUAUGGAUGAGAGGAAGCACCUGUGGCAUUUGCGGCCGACAUGAUGAUGAGACAGAGCGAGAGUAUCAGAUGCCAGAUGGAUAUACUGCAAGAGAUGAGAACAGUUUUACUCACUCCUGGAUUUUCCCAGAGGAACCAUGCUCCGGAACUUGCAAGCUGCAGCACACUUCAGUGAAACUUGAGAGAACAGUCCACAUUGAUGAUCAGGAAUCCAAAUGUUACUCUGUCCGGCCAGUUCUACGUUGUGCGAAAGGCUGCUCACCAACCAGUGUUACCCCAGUCACUGUUGGCUUCCACUGUCUUCCUGCUGAUGCCUCUACAGAUUUGGUGGAAAGUCAGAACAUAAUGGGCAAGACUGAAGAUCUGACUGAGACAGUAGAUGCUCACACAGCAUGCUCCUGUGAAGCACUGAAAUGUGCAGUAUGAACCACCCAUACCCACAUAACAGCAAGCAGUUAACAAUAUCUUUAUAUCAAAUGAAUGAACUGUAAUAUCAUAGAUGAUAAACUGAUCUCACUUUCAAACCAAAUGUAUAUUACCAUAUUAUAAACAAUUCAAUUUUAAAUAAAUAUUUGCAUCCACAAAACAA